UACAUUCCACACCUCAGCAAAAAAAAACUAUGGGAGACACACACUGGGAACCACUGCUUGUUAGAAAAACUAGUGGCUCGGAUGAAGAAGAAGAGGAAGAAGAGGACGAAGUUGUGUUCGAGAGAGGCGGGCGCGAUGGAAUUCGCCACAGCAGCUGCAGUUCUGUGAAACUCUCUCAUGCAGAAGCGAUCGAAGAGUCCGGCUUCGGGCUGUUCCACGGUCUCCUGCUCGUGGUAUGCGGCUGGGCAAACGCCAGCGACGCCGUGGAGAUACUGUGCGUGUCGUUUCUGCUGCCCACGGCCCGCUGUGACCUGCAGCUGAGCUCCUCUGACAUGGGGAUCCUGAUGGCGAGUCUGUUCCUCGGCAUGAUGGUCGGAGGCUAUACGUGGGGCUACCUCGCCGACACACGCGGACGCAGGAAGGUGCUGGUGGCGUCCCUGGCGGUGAACGGUGUUUUCGGGGCGUUGGCCAGCCUGGCUCCGCGCUUCUGGCUCUUCCUGCUGCUGCGAUUGGUCAGCGGGUUCGGUGUGGGCGGGUCCAUACCGGUCAUCUUCUCCUACUUCUCUGAGUUCCAACCGAGGCAGAGGAGGGGGGCCAUGGUGAGCGCUCUCGCCACCUUCUGGAUGGCAGGUAACAUCCUGGCGGCGGGUUUAGCUUGGGGGGUCAUACCCAACACCCGUCUCCUGAGUCUGCAGCUGCCGAGGGGGCUCGUCUUCCAGAGCUGGCGGCUCUUUAUGGUGCUGUGUGCCGUGCCCAGUCUCUCCUCUGCGCUGCUCUUCAUGCUGGUGAUGCCCGAGAGCCCAAAGUUCCUCAUCGAGGCCGGACGACACGCAGAGGCCCUCCGAGUCUUCAGGACCAUGUUCCAGCUCAACCACCGCGGAGUAACGAAACCCUUCCCCAUGGCCGGCCUUCUCAACAGCCUGGAGAGUCGCCACGGCAACAGCAGUAGCAGCAGCGCCACAGCGUCGUCUCCUCGCCACACACACACUCCGUCUACGUCUACGUCUUCGUCUCGCUCCUCGGCGUCGUCUCGGGCCGCGGUGGCGAUGAUGUGUGAGUGCGUCAGAAAGGGCGUGGCUCCCAUCAGGCAACUGUUCAGCGGGUCGUUGUCGUCGCGCAGCACGGCGCUCACCGUCGUCUUCUACUGUCUCUCGUUCGGCUACUACGGCCUCUGGAUGUGGUUCCCCGAACUCUUCAAGAGGGCGGAGGAGGACGGGGGGUCCCCCUGCCAUGGCAACCUCAACGCCACGACGACCACGACGACGACGCACCUGGAGACCAACGACAGCUGCUACCCCGUCAAGACGGCGGUCUACAUGGAGGGUUUCGUGACGGCGUUGGCUAAUCUGCCCGGUAACAUCUUCAGCGUCAUGGUGAUGGACCGAGUGGGGGGGCGGGCUCUGCUCUCCUCCAGCCUGCUCCUCUCCUCCGCAUCAGUCUUCUUCAUCUGGGAGGUGAAGACUAAGACCCAGAGCUUGGUGAUGUGCUGCGUCUUCAGCGGCGUCGUGUCGGUGGUGGCCUGGAACGCGCUGGACGUGCUGGGCACGGAGCUGUACCCGACGCGGCUGCGCUCCUCGGCGCUCGGCUUCUUCACGGGCGUGGGCCGCAUCGGGGCCAUCACGGGCAACCUGGCGUUCGGCCGGCUGCUGGACGUCAGCUGUGGGGUGCCCAUAAUGGCCGUGGCCCUGCUCCUACUGACCAGCGGACUGGUGGCACUCAGGCUGCCUAGGACCAGACAAGCGGAGCUCACCUGA